CUGGAACAGCCCGCGGCUUAAUAUUUUCAGAUCUGACAUGCCGAGAGCCACCUGUGGCUGAGGAUUAUUUUGCCUUUCAUACUUUCUACGACCCUGAAAGGACUGUUAACCCUGUUCAAAUAUUCGAUGGCUGCCAUGAACCCCUAAUGAAGGCAUAACUACACUCCUUCGCUUUGUCUUUGCGCCAUUCUUUGAUCUCCCGCCAGUCAUCAAUUUGACUGCGACCAUCACAACGUCGACGUAACAUCAGCAGUGUCGGACCGUCAGUCUGUCCUACGUUUCACGAAUCUUUCACCUGCGACCAUUGCCUACGUACUUUACGUCCACCGGAUCGACCGUAUUCUCUUCUAUCCCCUUUGCCGCCGAGCGAAAUUUUGAAUCUUCGAAGACUGCGCUUUCUUGAACGAGUCGAGUCGAUUUGCCCGCUCCGAGGCCUGCAACAUCUUUCAUACAUUGGACGCCGGCAGUCCCUAUUCCUGUGAGGCAUGCCUGGCGCUAUAGGGUGACUGCGCUUUACUCAUAUGAUCAUGCGGUUGCCAGCAUGGCUUCCGCUCUUCCUCCUGGCUGGGUUGGCUCAAGCAAAACCGCGCGACCAUGAACGGAAUGACUAUUUUGCCCUCCACCUCCACCCGUCCACAGUCCCUCAGGAGGUUGCCCGUCGAUUAGGGAUACAAUUUGAAGGCCAGAUCGGGGAAUUAGCGCAUCACUAUGCUUUUUCAUGCUUGAAGGACUCGUGUCAAGAAUUGGAGCAUUCAUUGCAAGAAUUACGGAGGCGGAAGAAGCGAAGGCGACGUUCUUUGGAUAAUAGAGCGGCACUAGCUUCGGACGGACAAAUAUACCAUGAUUUGACCGGUGUUCUCUGGUCAGAGAAGCAAGAGUUGAGGCAUCGCCAUGUCAAGCGGAUCCCCCCGCCACCACUUCCUGCCGUUCGUGUACCUCAAGACGCCGCGGACUCAAACUCGGGUGAAUCGGCGGACCAAGCGCAACAAGAGGCUAUUCAGCGCUUGAACACCAUCGUGGAGACACUGGAUAUCAAAGACCCUAUCUUCAAGGAGCAAUGGCAUUUGUUUAAUCCUCUACAGCUGGGCCACGACUUGAACGUCACUGGUCUUUGGCUGGAGGGCAUCACCGGCAAUGGUACCAUUUCUGCAGUUAUCGAUGACGGGCUGGACUUGUACAGCAAUGACCUUAAGGAUAACUAUUAUGCCGAGGGUUCGUGGGACUUUAAUGAUAACUCUCCCGAACCGAAACCGCGACUUUUCGACGACAAACAUGGUACACGCUGUGCGGGAGAGAUUGCCGCUGUCAGAAAUAACGUCUGUGGGGUCGGGAUGGCAUAUGACAGCAAAGUCGCUGGCAUUCGGAUUUUAUCAAAACCCAUCACCGAUGAAGACGAGGCGAUAGCCAUAAACUACCACUACCAGGACAAUCAGAUCUAUUCCUGUUCUUGGGGUCCACCGGACGAUGGUGCAACCAUGGAAGCCCCAGGUCUUCUCAUUCAACGAGCCAUGGUCAACGGGAUUCAGAACGGCCGAAACGGCCUCGGGUCUGUUUUCGUCUUUGCGGCCGGCAACGGAGCAGCGAGUCAGGACAACUGCAAUUUUGAUGGUUACACAAACAGUAUUUACAGCAUCACUGUCGGAGGUAUCGACCGUGCUGGAAACCAUCCCUACUACUCCGAAGCUUGCUCAGCACAGUUAGUUGUGACUUACAGCUCUGGUCACCAGGAUGCAAUUCACACCACCGAUGUUGGGGCCGACAAGUGCUACAAUGGCCAUGGCGGGACAUCCGCUGCAGGGCCGCUUGUCGUUGGUACGGUAGCCCUUGCACUCAGCGCUAGACCAGACCUUUCCUGGCGAGAUCUGCAGUACCUUUGUGUUGAGACCGCCAUCCCUAUACACGAAGACGACGGGAGCUGGCAGAAUACGACGAUCGGAAAGAGAUUCAGCCAUGUCUACGGAUAUGGCAAGGUCGACGCAUAUAGAUUCGUUGAGGCUGCUAAGACGUGGGAAACCGUGAAGCCACAAGCUUGGUUUCACUCUCCCUGGCUCUCCGUUCAGCAUAAGAUCCCAGAGGGCGAGCAGGGACUGGCUGCAAGUUUCGAAGUCACAGAGGAGAUGCUGAAGAAGGCCAACCUAGAAAGGCUCGAACAUGUCACUGUGACUAUGAAUGUUGAUCACACCAGGAGAGGCGAUCUGAGUGCAGACCUCAUCAGUCCUAGCGGUUUGGUCAGUCAACUCGCGACCACCCGUGGUCCAGACGGAGCUGCGGAAGGGUAUGAUGACUGGACAUUCAUGUCAGUUGUUCAUUGGGGCGAGUCUGGGAUUGGCAAUUGGACCGUCAUUGUCAAAGACUCUCAGCAGAAUGAAUUCAACGGAACGUUCAUCGACUGGCGUCUCAAUUUAUGGGGCGAGUGUAUCAAUCCCCAAAUUCAAACGCUGCACCCACUUCCCGAUGAGCAUGACGACGACCAUGAGACAGCCACCGCCAUUGUUAGCACAACCAGUGUGGAACCUGGCACUCCAGCUACUGGGCUUCCGACUACACCUACCGACCAUAUUGACCGGCCUACUAAGCCUAAGCCUUCCGGCGCAACAGAUUCUGUGGUCAUUGUCACAGCGACUAACACGGUCUCUGUACCUGCUGCAACAGCGACUGUGACCGGUGAGCCCACCGAGGCAUAUUCAGAUGGCUUUCUUCCCUCCUUUUUCCCUACAUUUGGUGUAUCGAAGCGGACCCAAAUUUGGAUUUACGGGUCAAUCGUGUUGAUCAUUCUCUUCUGCGUGGGCCUGGGGGUAUAUUUCUUGGUCCAGCGGAGGAAAAGACUCCGAAAUAAUCCUCGCGAUGCAUACGAGUUUGAGAUGGUUGGUGAUGCCGAUGAGGAUGAGCAACAAGGCUUGACCACACGUGGAGGUCGAGGGAAGGGAAGAGCUCGACGAGGCGGCGAGCUGUAUGAUGCAUUUGCGGGCGAGAGCGAUGACGAUCUCUACAGUGAUGAAGAAACAUAUCAAGACACCCCAAGUAACGACACGGGAACGGGAUCGAGGUCUGGGAGCUCUGAAGGCAAGGAAAGGGAGAAAUAAAACAAAGUGCAAGGGAAGGGGGCGUUCCAGGAUCAUGGCACGCGAUGGGCUGCGGACGCACGAGGCAUUCUGGGCAUCCGUCAGACCGCCAGCCUUUUUACCUGUACAGAAAUCUAUCCUUAUGACGGGUGCAUUCAUCCAUCAGCAUAAAUCUUGCUAGCCGGGUCGUAAAAUACUAGAAGUGGCACAGUUCUGACACAGGAUGCAGCUG